CCGCGGCGAGGGGUCGUGCGCGUCGCCAAGUGGCCGGAGCGGGACGAUGGGCGCCCCGCGGGGGGACCGGACGGCGGCGACCCGGGCGUUUUUAAGAGAAAUUAUAAAGAAUCCAUUUUGAGGAUAUCAUGGCAAAAUCAAAUUCAAAAUGCAGAGUUUGUUCUCACGAAUCUUCAGUAUCUUCUCUCUUAAGCUGCAGCCUGAGUGGCGAUAAUUCUUCAAACUCUGAUGGUUCUUUUCGGUAUAAAGAUAAACUGUACAGUUCUGCAUCUCAGGCUCUCCAGGCCUAUAUAGAUGAUUACGAUCUCAGCCAAAUGUAUCCUUCUGCCAACCCUGGAAAGAGCAACACUGAUAAUUAUUCUGCCAGUGUGCCUGGAUUCUCCAAACAUACGUAUAAACCAAAGAAUGCUCCUGAAAAUCUUGAUCACAGGAAAAGCUCGUUAUCCUACAGAAGAGAGAUUAUUAAUGAUUUAGACUCUGUUAGCCUAACGACUGAUGAUUUAUUAAAACUUCCAGCAGAUGGAUCAUUUUCAUUCACUUACGUUGGACCAGGCAACCAAAUUCACAAGAAAAAUAAGAAAUGCACUGCAAGACUGAAUUUAUUGGACACUGAAAGGAAUAAAAGUGUUCAAGAACCUGCCUUUCCCAUGGGCAAGAAUAAUUUAGUCACUCCUGUGGUAUACACAAGUACUAAUGGGAAGCAGUGUGACAGGUUAAAAUCCCCCAAAGUUAUGAAUAAAGCUAAUAGAUGCUCUUCAGAAGCACCUAUAUGUUUUGCCAAGAAACUGCCUUCCAAGGACAGAUCAGAACACAGUCUUGAGAAGAAUUACCCAAGAUGGCUCACUAGCCAGAAAUCUGAUCUUAAUGUUUCAGGGAUAACCAGUAUACCUGAUUUCAAAUACCCAGUCUGGCUGCAUAAUGAGGACUUGCUACCUGAUACAAAGAGCGAAAGAAUUCAUAAAGUAUGCAAAGAAGAUCAAAAUUCCCCCAGUCAUCGUUAUCAGGCAGAAAGAACUUCUCGACUUCCAAACACAUCGGAUUGUUUUGAAUGUUCGUUUGACUCUUCAAAUGUUUUAAAUUCCUUGAGUGAUGAUAAAGGAUUAGUUAAUGGUUAUGAGUGUGAUUGCGGUCAAAACAGGUGUCACUGUGGGACUCCACUCCUAGGACAAUCCAAAGAGCCAUUCAGUGGUGACAAAAUUGAGUUGCUUAUCCUGAAGGCCAAGAAAAAUCUAGAGCCUCGUACUGAAGAACUACCAAAGCCUACGAAAAAGGAUGACAGCCCCUGCUCCUUAGAUAAACUUGAGGCAGAGAGGUCAUGGGAAAAUAUUCCUGUUGCUUUCAAAUCUCCUGUUCCUGUAAACUGUGAUGAUAGUCCUCAGACUUCAAGGACAAAUUGUGCUAACCGGUCCAUUGAAGAAUUUUUAGAAGAUAAUCAGAGCUGUACCCUUUCCGGAGGGAAGCAUCAUGGUCCUGUUGAAGCCCUGAAGCAAAUGUUAUUUAAUCUUCAAGCUGUGCAAGAAAGUUUUAAUCAGAAUAAGACCACAGAGAGAGAAAAAGAAACUAAGCAAGUUUUAGAAGAUGAUUUUUCAAAAUUACAAUUGAAAGAAACUAUGAUUCCUAUUACUAAGUCACUUCAAAAGGCUUUGCACCACUUAUCUCGUCUGAGAGACUUGGUUGAUGAUACCAGUGGGAAGCAGUCACCGAAAAUGUGAAGAGGAAAAAUACAACUGUUUAACCAAUAAAUAAUCACCACAGAAUACAGUAUUUUUAUU